AUAAAAGGAAACAAAAAGAACAAAAAUAUUUACUCUCUAUUUGAUUUUUUUUAUUAAAAAUAAAUGACAUAAUUAUUUCAAAAAAGUAAAAAAAUAAAUUAAAAAUAAACGUGAAGUACGAGAGAACAUUUGAAGAAAAAUUGUGUAACCUUUUCUACGAAAAUAAAGUGUAAAUGUAAAAAAAUGCAAUGCAAAUUAUUAGUAGUAAAAAGAAAAAAAUGUCUAAUCAAAUCCAAUGACCCGAUCAUCCGCGUGCACCGGAACCCAAACAGUGGGUCGCAGCGGUGGAUCACCCACUUCCCAGCCCUGUAGCAACGACAUCCUCUCUUCCCAAAUCAAAAUGAGAUUGAGCGGGAAAAGAAUGAAUCUCUUUUUGGAUUUCACCAUCUACCGAAAAUAAGAUAUAAAAAUUUUGAGAAUCAUCACAACAAGGAAUUUCAUAGCCGUUCAAACAACUUGGCAUUUCAACAAACACAUGGCGAGGAGAAAACAUGUCGCUAAAAAGCAACGAAAUCGCCGACAACCCUCCGGGGUGACUUCACCAGCAUCUCCCGGACCGAGUUCGACACCUUCUAGAAGAAGUUCGAGGCUUGCUCCACCAAGUUCCGGAGAUGGGCAAAGGCAGAGGAAGCGGUACCGUCACAGGCCAGGAAUGGUGGCUCUUCGCGAGAUACGGCAUUUUCAGAAGACCUGGAAGCUUCUCAUUCCAGCUGCUCCUUUCAUUAGAACUGUGAAAGAAAUUAGCAACUGUUUUGCUCCUCAAAUCACUCGGUGGACAGCUGAAGCUCUAGUGGCGCUUCAGGAGGCUGCAGAGGAUUAUUUGGUUCAUUUGUUUGAAGAUGCAAUGCUAUGUGCAAUUCAUGGAAAGCGCGUUACACUUAUGAAAAAAGAUUGGGAGUUGGCACGUCGGCUUGGAGGGAAAGGGCAACCUUGGUGAGUGCAUUCCCCGAUUCACCAUAGCAUCAUCAAUGAUUGUAACCAAUUUGGAAAUGGGACUUGAGUUGAUCUCUCAUAGCAGUCACCUUCUUGUUGCAAUUGACAUGUUAGGUAGUUGGAAGUAGCAAUUAGUUAACAAUCUCAAUUCUGAAGAUACCAUCCCCUGAACAAUAACUUCCCUAAAGUCAGCAGAUCUUGUAAAGAACCUAUUCACCAACUGGAAGGUUAUGUCCCUUAGAAGAAUGUUGUGAUAGAUACCGACAGCAAUGUCUAUAAUCAUACAUACGGAUCCUAUAUCAA